UAACUCCCUUGAGCACAGAAAAUCGCCGGUCUUUCCUUCGGAAAUUGUCGCGCAUAAGAAGCAAGUGAUCAGAAAGAAGGAUCCCCAAACGCAACAUGCCGAAGGCUAAAAAGGGUAAAAAGAAAGAUGAUGACGAUUGGUAUGAUACUGCCGCCGAAAAACGGAUUGAAGAACAAAUGAAAGCUUUAGGUUUGUCUAAAGAGGAUCGUGAUGAAGACACGGAUUACACAGCUGGCUCGACCAAGAAGGCCAAAGCUAAAACUGCCAAAAAGAAGAAAGCCGAGUUACUUGCUGAAUUAAUUGCAGAAGACAGUGAAGAUAAUAGCAGUAAAAUUGAAAAUGACGUGUCUGUGAAGGAGAACAAUAAAAAAGGCAAAAAAUCUCAAACUAACGAUAAUAAUGAGAAAAAUAAUGCCAAACAAAAGAAAAGCAAAAAGAAGGGUAGGAAAUUUCAAGAUUCUGAUGAUGAAAAACCUGCCAGUUUGCCUGCAUCAGACUCUGAAGAGGAAGCAGCCCAGAAUAAGAAGCAGCAGAAACAAAAGAAGAAGAAAAAGAAACAUAGAUUCUUGAGUGACUCUGAGGAUGAGGAAUAUAUGGACCAGAAUGAUAAUGAGGAAAAAGAAGGAUUGGAAAAUGGGAUUAAUGAAGGAAAAGUGAAAGAAGAAGUCGAAGAAACUCCAAUGGAAACGCCAGAAGAAAUCAUUCCCAAAGAAGAUGAUUCUGUUAAAGAAUCCACUCCUGAGGAUGUUGAAACUGAAGAAGCAGCUGCAGAAGAAGAAAAAAAGCCAGUAAAGGUGAAACUAAGCAAGAAAGAAUUGAAGAAAAUCCAGAAACAGUUGGAAUUUCAAAAACAACUUGAAGAAGAGGGAGAUAUCCGGCAAUUUACUGUGUCACAGGCAGAGAAAUCUGCUAAAGCAGGCAACUUGCUUGAUAAUCAACAAGAUAUCAAGGUUGAAAACUUUUCUAUAUCAGCAAGAGGCAAAGAUCUUUUCGUUAGUGCAACACUUCACAUUACUAAUAUGAGGCGGUAUGGGUUAGUUGGACCUAAUGGUCAUGGUAAAACAACUUUACUAAAACAUAUAGCUGAACGUGCAUUGAAUAUUCCUUCCAAUAUUGAUAUUUUGUAUUGUGAACAAGAGGUUGUGGCUGAUGACACUAAAUCUAUUGAUGCUGUCAUCAGAUCUGACACAAAAAGAACUGCUUUAUUGGAAGAGGAGAAGAAGCUGUUGGAACAAAGCAAGACUCAGAGUGCUGACUUAGACAGACUUAAUUCUGUAUACGAAGAAUUGCGAGCUAUUGGAGCUGAUGCCGCUGAAGCUAAAGCUCGAAGAAUUCUUGCCGGUCUGGGAUUUAACAAAAAUAUGAUGGAAAGACGUACGAAAGAUUUGUCUGGUGGCUGGAGAAUGAGAGUUUCAUUAGCAAGAGCAUUAUUUCUGGAACCAACACUCUUGUUACUUGAUGAACCUACCAAUCAUUUAGAUUUAAAUGCUGUUAUUUGGUUAGAUAACUAUUUACAAACAUGGAAAAAGACUUUACUUGUUGUAUCUCACGACCAAAGUUUCUUAGAUAAUGUAUGUACUGACAUCAUUCAUUUAGACCAACAGAAACUUUUCUAUUACCGAGGAAAUUAUGGUGCCUUCAAAAAGAUGUUGAUCCAAAAGCGAAAGGAACAGUUAAAGGAAUAUGAAAAACAGGAGAAAAGACUACGUGACUUGAAGGCUUCUGGGAAAUCUUCUAAACAAGCGGAAACUAAACAGAAAGAGGCUCUGACACGGAAACAGCAAAAAAACAAGUCUAAACAGAGUUUAUUUGCUGAGGAAAUCAAACCUACUGAACUUCUUCAAAAGCCAAGGGAUUAUAUUGUAAAAUUUUCAUUUCCUAAUCCAGCUCCUUUAAAUCCACCAAUUUUAGGGUGCCACGGUAUCUUUUUUAAAUAUGCAACAACUGAAAAUAUUUUUCAAGACCUAGAUUUUGGAAUUGACAUGUCAUCUCGGGUGGCCAUUGUUGGACCCAAUGGUGUGGGAAAAAGUACUUUCUUGAAAUUAUUAACUGGAGAGCUUCAUCCGUCUAAAGGAGAGGUGAAAAAAAAUCACAGGCUUCGGAUAGGUAAAUAUGAUCAGCAUUCAGCUGACCAGUUGAACUUAAGCGAGAGUCCAACAGAAUAUCUUAUGCGUUUAUUCAAUAUGCCCUGUCAAGAAGCCAGAAAAACACUUGGCCGAUUUGGUUUAUCUAGUCAUGCUCACACUAUUGCUAACCGAGACCUUUCAGGUGGACAGAAGGCAAGAGUGGCAUUAGCAGAACUGACCUGUAGAGCACCUGAUGUUGUCAUUUUGGAUGAACCUACCAACAACCUAGACAUAGAGUCAAUUGAUGCUCUUGCUGAUGCAAUUAAUGAUUAUGAAGGAGGUGUGAUCAUAGUGAGCCAUGAUGAACGACUGAUCAGAGAAACGAACUGCCAGUUAAUGGUAAUAGAAGACAGCACUAUUAAUGAAAUUGAAGGUGACUUUGAUGAUUAUCGCUGUGAGUUGCUCACAUCACUUGGAGAAGAACUGGUCAAUGCUGCAGCUGCUUCAGCUUCUUCCGUAAAAUGAUUUUAGUGGAUAUUUUAUAGGUAAUAAAAGAAAUCUGUAAUCUGUAUCACAUUCUAUCAAGGCAAUUAAUUUUGUUUUAAUAAUUGGUUAAUACUAAAGAUUUACUCCUUUCAAUGAAAGAUUCUUGGCAAUAUAUUCUUAAAUAAAUAAAUAAAAUGCUCUGA